UUCCUGUAACUUCUAGUGCAAAUGAAGUCCCUGUUAGUUAUCCUACUACUCAAGAUCAACAGGAUGACGAACUAGAACAAGUUCUGGACUAUUAUGAAGAAGAGGAACUUAGCGAAAUUAAAGCGUAUAUGGCAAACAGUCAAGAAGAAUAUAAGGAGGAAACUGACCUUCUACCCCUCGAUUACAACCCCUAG